CGCCGUUGAAGAAUUAUAAAAGAAUACAAAAAAAAAAAUUUGUUAGUAUUAUUUCAUACACGUUGAUAACAACAUCAUAUUUCGAGAUCGAAUUGAUAACGCAACAAAAUAGAACAUAUAGAAGAAUCAUUCCAUAUUUGAUUCAAAUUCUUUGUCAACCAGCUGUCUAAUGCCGACUAGACAUGGACAGCUCUUUGGGGCAGUAUGCCUGAUAUUAUUUGUAUUAUUCAAAAGUUGUCAUGUCGUUUACACCAAGGAGUUGUUUACAAAUAGCUUUCUUGUGAAAUUUCGUCAAGGUGUUGACAAUAAUUUAGCGCAUAAUGUUGCCAAUCGUAAUGGAUUUGUUAAUUUGGGACCGGUAUUGGGUUCAAGUACAGAAUACCAUUUUUUACAUCCAGCAUUACCAAUCGUACGAACAAGGCGAAGUAUUCCACAUACUAGAAAAUUAAAAGUGGACCCCCUUGUACAUACAGCAAUACAACAACCAGGUUUUGUCCGUGUGAAACGUGGAUACAAGCCAUUUAAAGUUGAAAAUUUAGUACCAUUUCAACAAAUACGUAAUUCAAUAAGUGAUCCAACAGAUCCUUAUUUUCCAUUUCAAUGGUAUUUAAAAAAUACUGGACAAAACGGUGGAAAACCUAAAUUAGACUUAAAUGUUGAGGCAGCGUGGGCACAAGGUGUCACGGGAAAAAACGUGACCACAGCUAUUAUGGACGAUGGUGUUGAUUACAUGCAUCCAGAUUUAAAGUAUAAUUACAAUGCCCAAGCAAGUUACGAUUUCAGCAGUAAUGAUCCUUUUCCAUAUCCAAGAUAUACGGAUGAUUGGUUUAAUAGUCAUGGAACUCGAUGCGCUGGAGAAGUCUCUGCUGCAAGAGAUAAUGGUGUUUGUGGUGUUGGUGUUGCCUAUGAUUCGAAAAUCGCCGGUAUCCGAAUGUUAGAUCAACCUUAUAUGACAGAUUUAAUAGAAGCAAACUCUAUGGGUCAUGAACCAAAUUUAAUAGAUAUUUAUAGUGCCUCUUGGGGUCCUACUGAUGAUGGUAAAACUGUGGACGGGCCUAGAAAUGCAACAAUGCGUGCAAUUGUCAGAGGUGUCAAUGAGGGACGAAAUGGUCUUGGGAAUAUUUAUGUUUGGGCAAGUGGAGAUGGAGGUGAAGAUGAUGAUUGUAAUUGUGAUGGAUAUGCUGCAAGCAUGUGGACGAUUUCAAUAAAUAGUGCGAUAAAUGAUGGUCAAAAUGCUCAUUACGAUGAAAGUUGUUCAUCAACAUUAGCUUCCACUUUUAGUAACGGUGCCAAAGAUCCAAAUACGGGUGUGGCUACAACUGAUUUAUAUGGCAAAUGCACCACCACGCAUUCUGGAACAUCGGCAGCUGCACCAGAAGCCGCUGGUGUUUUUGCUUUAGCUUUAGAAGCCAAUCCACAAUUGACUUGGCGAGAUAUCCAGCACUUAACCGUGCUCACAUCAAAACGUAAUUCAUUAUUCGAUGCCAAAGGACGUUUUCAUUGGACAAUGAAUGGAGUCGGCUUAGAGUUUAAUCAUCUUUUUGGAUUUGGUGUUUUAGAUGCUGGUGCAAUGGUAGCACUUGCCAAACAGUGGAAAACAGUACCUCCAAGAUUUCAUUGUGAAGCAGGUUCCGUUUUAGAGACAAAGCCAAUCGUGUCAGGUCGUUCUGUAUUAUUGCAAAUCAGAACAGAUGCUUGCCAAGGCCAAGAUACAGAAAUUAAUUAUUUGGAACAUGUACAAGCAGUUAUUACAGUGAAUUCAACCCGCCGAGGAGAUUUGGAACUAUUUUUGACCUCUCCUAUGGGUACGAGAUCAAUGAUAUUAAGUAAGCGAAAAAAUGAUGAUGACCAAAGAGACGGUUUUACAAAAUGGCCUUUUAUGACAACGCAUACAUGGGGUGAAUAUCCUCAGGGAGUUUGGAAGUUGGAGGUCAGUUUUAAUUCACAAAUGCCGCAAUCUGGUUUUAUUAGUGAAUGGACACUAAUGUUACAUGGUACAAAAAAUCCACCAUAUGUUGAUUUAGCUGCAUCAGAUCCACAUUCAAAAUUGGCAAUUGUAAAAAAAGCUCAUGAAGAAAGAAAUAAAAUGUAG